AUGGCUCCGAUCGCGGCCAUCCCGCAGCAGUUCAAUGAAAUUCCUACAGUGGUUGGGAUUUUUAGUGCAUUUGGCCUUGUCUUCUCUGUCUCCCUUUUUGCUUGGAUCUGCUGUCAGUGUAACUCUUCCAAAACCAAUAAGACUCCUCCGUAUAAGUUUGUCCAUGUUCUGAAGGGGGUUGAUAUUUACCCUGAGACUCUCAAUAGUAAGAAGUUUGGAGCAGAUGAUAAAAGUGAAGCAAAGAACAAAUCAGCGAUGCCAAAGAAUCCUCUCUGUCUUGACCGGGACAAAAGAGAUCUAAAUGGCAAUUUUCCCAAAACAAACCCUAAAAUGCAGAGCUCUCCAGAUCUUGAAAAUUUGUCUCCUAAGCACUUUGCAGAAGCAAAGAAAGAUUCAGUACCCUCUGAUAGUUUUAAAUCCAUCACUUCCCUGUCAUCUGAAGAUAUAAAAGACAAGCUAGGAACUCUCUUCUCCUUAGAGUACAACUUUGACAAAAAGGCAUUUGUAGAGAACAUCAAAGCAGCACGUGGGCUGCCAGCAAUGGAUGAACAGUCAAUGACUUCUGAUCCCUACAUCAAAAUGACAAUCCUGCCUGAGAAAAAGCACAAGGUGAAAACCAGAGUGCUGAGAAAAAACUUUGAUCCAUCUUUCAAUGAGACCUUCACGUUUUAUGGAAUCCCCUAUAGCCAAAUUCAAGAGUUAACACUUCACUUCAUGAUCCUGAGCUUUAACAGGUUUUCCAGAGAUGACGUCAUUGGUGAAGUCCUCAUUCCCCUUGCAGGAACUGAAUUAUCAGAAGGAAGGCUGCUAAUGGACAGAGAGAUCAUCAAAAGAAAUGUUAGGAAAUCAUCAGGAUGUGGAGAAUUACUGAUAUCUCUCUGUUAUCAGUCUACAACAAACACACUCACUAUGGUUGUUUUAAAAGCCAGGCAUCUACCUGAAUCUGAUGUGUCAGGUCUAUCAGAUCCUUAUGUCAAAGUGAACUCGUAACAUGCUAAGAAGAGAAUUUCUAAAAGGAAAAUCCAUGUGAAGAAAUGCCCCCCCCCCAAUGCAGUGUUCAAUGAAUGUUUUGACAUUCCUUGUGAGGACCUUGAUGACAUCAACAUUGAAUUUUUGGUUUUAGAUUCAGAUAGGGAGUCAAGGAAUGAGGUCAUUGGCCGAUUAACAUUGGGAUCUUCAGUAGAAGGAAGAGGUGGAGAGAACUGGAAAGAAAUUUGUGAAUAUCCUAGGAGACAAAGUGCCAAAUGGCAUAUGUUGUGUGAUGGUUAG